AUGAGAAGAGCUGAAGGAAAAAUUAAUGAAACGUGCGAAAUUUGCGGCGUUAAAGCGACAACAAAUAUAAGACGUUUUGCCUCCGAUUCAUGUUUGAAGAAUCGCGUUCAAUUUCCAACUGGAGCCAAGUGCCAGUGGCAGCAAGUUAAAGGUCCGUUUUUCUGGUCAUCAACAAAUGUAGAACAAUUCACGGGGCUUAAGAAGCCACUGUAUCGGGAUAGCUGCUCUGCUAUUGCUUAUACGAGACUUGUUUUAAAAUUACUUAUUCAGCAGUUGCACUUGAGCAACCUCUUGUUUUAUUUAGGAAAGUCUAAAAAAAGUAAAUGGCAUUCUUCUAAACCAUUCCACAAACAUUCUUGGGAAAAAGAAAUCAUAAUCAUAAAAACAGAAUCCACAGAAGGAGAAGAGAAAAAAAUGCUUCACGGGUUUGAUUGUAAUAAAAAUGUCACAGAAAAAAAAUUGGAUCGUAAAUUUCGAGACGGCCAAAAUUAA